GCUGGGAAGCCUGAGGGAAAUGACAUUGUGGGAAGCAUGAAAAGGAGCAUGUUUUAUGUCCGGAAUUGUGUUUGGGGUGUAUUGGGAGGAGGUUUUAUGGGAGAAUGGUGGGGUGGCAGAGGAAGAAGUUUAGGGAAUAUAUCCGUCGAGGAUAUAUCUAGUUUAUUUUCCCAAUAUCCCGACAAAGAAUUCAAAGAAUACCUUAACCAAUUAUCCAGUCCGCACUAUCAAGGAGGUUCUUGGAUUUUACCUAAAAAUCCAACUCCUUUACAAAAGAGUAAGCAUGAACUCUGCCGAGAAAUCUUAAUUUAUCAGCGUAAACAUAAACUCACUGAUGAGGAAUUAGCCAAACAAAUGGAAAUAACCUUGGCUGAAACUGAGGAUAUUUUACAUUACCGCAUUGAUUACUUUACUUUGGAUAGAUUAAUGACUUACGCAAGCAAGUUAUUUAAAUUUGAACCAUUGAUAAUUGGAAUAAUUAAAGAUAGAGAUUUAAAUGGCAAAAGAAAAGUGGUCUAA